CUCAUCACUCACCAUCUCUCAUCAACAGAGCAAGCCCCAAAAAGAAAAAAAAAAUAUAUUAUAUAGUAAGAAAAUCGAUAAAAGAUCGAUAACAAUAUGGACGCAAGUGCUGGGGCUGCCGCAUCUGCUACCAACAGUUUCGAACCAUCGUCCGAUUUGAUACAUGAGGAAGAAUGCGAUACCCUCCUCUUGUAUCUUCCCGGGUUCACGAAAGAACAAUUGAGAGUUCAGCUAACAAGAUCAGGGAUCCUGAAGAUAAGCGGAAUAAGGCCAGUUGGGGACAACAAGUGGAGCAGCUUUCAGAAGGAUUUCCCCGUCUCCGCAAACUGCGACACCAACAAAAUCAGCGCUAAAUUCGAAGGCGGCAUACUCUACGUCAGGCAGCCAAAACUCAUCGUUCCCGCAGACAAAGAAGACAACAAAACCCCACCCCCACAGCCCCAGCAGACGACGACGCCCACGAACGAGCCCCCACCGGCUCAAAAGAUCGAUCAAGCACCGAAACACGAUGAACAAAGCAAGCAGACUAGCACCAAUAAGGAAGCUGCAGAUCAUUCCCAGGAAUCAGCUCAGAUAAAAGACGCAAAACCCACUAAGGAAAAGGAGAAAGAGAAAGCCGCAGCAACAACGUCCGCGAACGAUAAAUAUGAAAGGACUGCAGCGCAAGCUGAUGCUCCUCAGUUGGGGAAUAAAACGACUAACGGCGGUGGCGUAGCGAAAGCAGAUGAGCAUAAGCUCAGUGCGGGAAGUCCGGCGGCCAAACUGAGGACGGCGAGGCAGACGGUGAUGAUGAUUCUGGCCGUUGUCUUUGCUUUUGGACUUGGAAUCUAUAUUAGCAGGAUGAAUUGGUUUUCAGGAAAAGCUGAGUGAAUUGUAACUAAGCUGCUUGUUGUUUUGUAAUGGAUCAUAUCAGCUUAAUUGACGUGUAUGUGAUUUCAACUUGUUGAUGUGAAUAAAUGUACUACAAUGCGGAUUUUAAUUUUUUA